CAGAUCUGGAGUUUGCCACCAGGUGGCGCCAGGAGCUCUCAGUGUCCACUUGUCCUGAGGAAUUGAGAUUUGGUUCUGAAUUCAGUUGCUCGGGGAUUUGGGCCCUUAGAGCCCAAAGGAUAGGAUUGCCUACGAGAACGUGAUCCUGGAAAGGGAAGCUGGACUGAAGGAACAGCCUGUGAAGUUGCACAGAGUGCCCAAGCCAUGCCAAACCCCCGGAUAACGGUCACUGCUUCUUUUCCCAAAGGUCCAGGUUGCUGCCCAGCGGCCUCCCUCGGAAGUGCUCCGUCUUUCACCUCUUCGUUGCCUGUCUCUUACUGGGCUUCCUCUCCCUGCUCUGGCUGCAACUCAGCUGCUCCGGUGACAUGGCCCGGGCAGCCAGGGGACAAGGGCAGGAGACCCCAGGCCCACCCCAGUCCUGCCCCCCAGAGCCGCCUCCUGAGCACUGGGAAGAAGACUCAUCCUGGGGCCCCCACCGCCUGGCCGUGCUGGUGCCCUUCCGCGAGCGCUUUGAGGAGCUCCUGGUCUUUGUGCCCCACAUGCACCGCUUCCUGAGCAGGAAGAAGAUCCAGCACCACAUCUACGUGCUCAACCAGGUGGACCACUUCAGGUUCAACCGCGCGGCCCUCAUCAACGUGGGCUUCCUGGAGACCAGCAACAGCACGGACUACAUCGCCAUGCACGACGUGGACCUGCUGCCCCUCAACGAGGAGCUGGACUACGGCUUCCCCGAGGCCGGGCCCUUCCACGUGGCCUCCCCGGAGCUCCACCCGCUCUACCACUACAAGACCUACGUGGGCGGCAUCCUGCUGCUCUCCAAGCAGCACUACCAGCUGUGCAACGGGAUGUCCAACCGCUUCUGGGGCUGGGGCCGUGAAGACGACGAGUUCUACCGCCGCAUCAAAGGGGCCGGGCUGCAGCUUUUCCGCCCCUCGGGAAUCACAACUGGGUACAAGACAUUUCGCCACCUGCAUGACCCAGCCUGGCGGAAGAGGGACCAGAAGCGCAUCGCCGCUCAAAAACAGGAGCAGUUCAAGGUAGACCGGGAGGGCGGCCUGAGCACCGUGAAGUACCGCGUGGAUUCCCGCACUGCCCUGUCGGUGGGCGGGGCCCCCUGUACUGUCCUCAACAUCCUGUUGGACUGUGACAAGGCUGCCACCCCCUGGUGCAUGUUUGGCUGAGCCGGCGGACAGUAAGGAAGCCUGUGCCCACAGGCCACACAGCUCCUCAGGCUCAGGACAAAGCCUCAGGCCCGGCGCCCUACUCCAGUAGGACGUGGAGGGGCCCAAAACAGCGCCUAGCAAGCCACCCGCUUGCGGCAGCCCGGCCCCCCUGGGGGCAGGCUGGACCCGGGACGCUGCUAGCAAUGAACAGCAGUGGAGAGAGGCUGGAACGCGGCUGCCACCUGGGACCGCCCGCCCCCUUCCUACUUGCCCUGCUCUGCCCGCCUUGGCGUGCUUAGACCUUGGUUCCUUCCCCUGGACCGCGUUGGGCAGAAGCCAGGUGGCGGACAUCGGUGGCCAGGCGAUCCAGAAGGUUGGAACUGCAGAAACCGGCGUGCAGGUCCCACAGGAAGGGAACUGCGGAGGCCAGCUCCUGCUGGGUGUCAACUGUGCAGGAAUGUGGGCCCCGUGUUGCCGGAUCUUCUGAUUUUUUCAAAAGAAACUAGAAUUCUGGAUUCUUACGUGAAAUUGGGUACUUUUUAAACGCUAGCAACUAAUUGAAACUUCAGAAAAGGAUGGUGGGCCAGACAAAACGUGUUGUGGACCACCAGUUUGUCGCCUAUGACCAAGUGGAGGGGGAUGGGGCAAAAGAUGGCACCUCCCUUAGUGAUGAGCUGGCAAGGGGUUGGGACAGGGCUGGGGAUGCCAAGGCCAGGGGAAGCUCAGGUGGGAGAGAAGCUGGAUGGAGGGCAAGGUUCCUGCCACCUCCCACAGCCCUCCAGGCUUCGCUGCCCUUCUGGGCAGUCUGGUCCCUCUGGGGUCGGGGGGGCUUCAUCCUGCCACACUGGGAUGGACAGUCAUAGAUCCACAGGCCCAGACUCAGGGUAGGCAGAAGGUGCCGGCAAGGACCUGGUCGUAGCUUGGAGGUGGGAAGACCACGUCUCUGAGGUGGGAGGAAGAAGAUGAGAAGCAGGAGAAUCCUGGGUGGUUCCCACAAGCAUGAGGGCAGAUUAGCACUGAUCACACGAUGUCCAGGAGAAGCAAAGGAGGGGAGCCAUGGGAGACCAUGGAAUUGGGGAGUGACCUUGGAGGAAUUACCUGCAAGGAAGCCUGGGGCCAAUGAGAGUGUGAGGUGAGGGGCUCUGCAAGGUAGAUCACUCCUUCAAGGCAUCUGACUGCCAAAGAUUUGGGCCAGAAGUCAGGAGAGUCUUGGGACCAGGGCAAAUUGGUUUGUUUAACAAUAAACAGGACACCUGAAAUGCCAGAAGAAGGGAGUGAAGUCCCAGAGUUCGGGAGGGUGGAUUCAACAGCUGUGCUCCAAAAAGACUACCCCUCUGAGGAUGAUCUCAGGGCUGCUGUGUACAGUUGUGGGGGUUGUGCACUGCAUCACUUGAGCGGAGUGUGAGUACAAUGUAACUAUUCAGAUGUCUAACAGAGGGUCCUUGUUAUCCUAAAGUGACCUCUUCCAGCAGUUCAGCUUCACUCAGCAUGGUGAGGGGCGAGCAUAGGGCGAUGACGGUGCAAGGGCAGUGGGAGGGACUUGGUCAACUUGAGGCCCAGGAGAGGGGAGUGAAGUGCUCCCUGUGGGCCAGUCUCUCGACAACCCUGGCUGCAUCAUCUUGGACUUCUAUAACAUGGAGGCAGAAUGCCAACCUCUUUGGAGUUGGUGAGACUGGACGUGCCAUCAGAGCCCCCAGCUCGGUACUCACCUAGCGCGUAGCAAGACCCACAAGAAUAGGGAGCUCCCUCCUUGCCACCUGCAUGGAAGGAGUAGAAUGAAGCAGGACCAGCUGCCUUGGCUGGGGGAGGCCCCCUACCCGCUCCCCCCAUGGCCACUGCCACCACCUUCCAGGAGCCCAGAGGCACCCCGGGCCAGGCCUGAUGCAGCCUGAAUGUGCAGCCUCCAUGCUUCUCCAGCCGGGGCCUCCCCACCCACCCACCCCCGCCCCUCCAG